GCGAUGCAGCUGAUUGGAAGGAAUUGACAGGCCUACUGCUUGCCGAAGCUUGCCGAAGCCGAAGCACCACUUGAGAGAGUAUGGUAGGUGCUUAUGGCUCCAGGCGUCUUCAAUCGCAGUGGCAGAGGUGCACGCAGCUGGGUGGCGGUGGACGCUGUUUUUCCUGUCGGAAGGGCACAAUGGAGGGCUGCGAUGGGGAUGGCCGUGCUGUGCUGCCGACGACGGAGAAGACAGUUGUCGCGGCGGCUGCGGUUGCCAUUGUCCGUCGAUUCCAAGUAGAGAGGGCGGCCGGGCGCAUGAAGGCAACGCUUUCGAGGUGGCGUCAGAGGCUUCUGCUGCAGAGGGUGUUGGACGCCCCAGACUGCAUUACCACUUCGGAGGCCGUGGUUCAGUUGUGCGCUGCAAUCGGGUGUGGUGUGCUUCCUCGGGCGACGCCAUGUUGGUGGAUGAGGCGAAGAACUGGCAGGGCUGGGGAGGAUUUGUGGGUGUGCGAUGAUGCGACUGACAACUACUUCCGAGAAAAGCUCCGCAUGUCCAGGAGAGUUUUCAUGGAGAUCACCGAAGCCUGUGCACCUCAUUUGCAACGACAGGUGACGUUCUAUAGGGAGCCACUUCAGCCGGCGCAGAUCGUCGCCUACGAGCUGUAUAGGUGGGCUACAGGAGAGACAUACGACAACAACACAUCAUCUUUCGGCAUAGGAAGGGCUUCGGGACUUCUCACCGUGCGCGAUGUGACAACCGCUGUGUUGAGGGUCUACUCUGUUGAGGGUCUACGGGGACAAGAUAUCGUGGCUGACGGGGGUGCGGAAACACGUCUUCACCGCACACACAUCUACCUGGACAAACCGGCGAACGCGCCCGGUGAGAACUACUUCGACCGCAAGCACCGUUUCUCCGUCAUUGCGCAGGAUGUGGUGGACCUGGAUCUCCGCGUGCUUGACGUGUUCGUUGGAUAUCCGGGGAGCUGCCACGACAUUAGGGCGAUCCAGCUGUCAAGUCUGUCGAGGCGCGCGGAAGAGGGAAUUUUGUUUCGUGGGUCGCCUGUCACGCUGCCGGGCGGGGUGAGGACGAACGGAUACAUCUUGGGCGACAACGGGUAUCCUCCUUCUGAAUGGAUAGUGGUGCCAUACAGAGGAAUCAAUCAGCACCCAGACGAGGAAAGGUUCGACACGAAGCAGAAGGUCGCAAGAGGGGAAGUGGAGAGGGUGUUCGGGAGGUUGAAGGGGAUGUGGAGGCUCUUCCUGCAGACGCACAAGACGAACCUCGACACUCUACCGCAGCAGUUCACGACCGUCUGCAUUCUCCACAACAUCCUCCUCGAUGCCGGUAUCGAGUUCGACGAGAAUUUGUUGUGGGAGGCCGACGAGAUCGGGGUGAGGCGCGGAGUGGACCUGGGGAUUCAUCGUCCCCUGCCGCGAGUGACGAUGUUGACUUCGAUGGACGUGGCACACGCGCUCCGCAAUGCGCUGGGCCGCUGGCGGAUCGAAUGAAACACAUGUGAUCCUGCCUACCGCCUGCCUCUUUCUCGC